AUGAAUGAAAAGGACCAGCAGCCAGUCAUACUUCUAAUUCACGGUGCUUGGCAUCGACCUUUCCACUACCGACCUCUCAUCCAAGCUUUCCAGCAAUCAGGUUUUACUGUCCUUGCACCGUCUCUUGCAAGCUCCGGCUACGAUGACUCGGUCGACGGCAAGACAUACCACGAUGAUGUGAAGAGGAUCCACGACGCUGUUCUGCCCUACAUCGACCGUGGGAGGAAAGUCGUUGGUAUUGGUCAUAGUUAUGGAGCUAUCCCUCUUACUGCGGCGAUAGAAGGCCACAGUAUUGCAGAAAGGGAGCAACAAGGCCUUCCUGGUGGCUUCAGCUCUGUGAUUUAUGUCGCCCCAACCCCUGUCCUUCAUAAAGGCAUCUCCAUGUAUGAAGCUGCGGGUGAGCAUCGCAAGACGCCAUUCUUUCAUGAUGUAUCGGAUACACGUAUGCCACUGAAGCUAGAGAGGGCCAAGGAAGCAUUUCUCUCGGAUAUUGAUCAGGGCAUCGCGGAUGAGAUUAUCCCUACACUUUGCCAUCAAAGCAAAGCUCCCUUCGACGUUCCUAUGGUUUGCACGCCAGCAGACUUGGAGAUUUCUAAGAUCAUGGUCAUCUGCAAGAAUGAUCCUAUCUUCAGCAGGGAGAUGCUUCUGGGCGUGGCUCAGAAUUGGGGUGCUGACACUUUGGAGAUCGAAUCUGGACAUAGUCCGCAUCUGGUGGAAGAGCACAGAAAGUGGCUUGUGAAGCUUGAACCCAAGCCUAUGCAAGUCCCUAUCACCGAAACCGCAUGGCGGUGUGAUGAGGCGGGUGCUUUGCCGUGUCUGAAAUGCGGUAUCAACAUCUGUGAAGAAUGCCGAUGUUGUCCUCGUGCAGCUCCACCAAGUGCAUAUCCGAAUCGCAGACCACAUUUGAGAGGCAGUUAUGAGCUCGAUAAUAUCAUGUGUCUGUGCGAGGAGUGUGACAUGAAGACUGAGAAUGAAGUAAUUGGGAAGUUCUUGAAUGAAAGAUGUGAUUGCGAUGUCUAUACGCGGUGGAUUUGCGUCAGAUGUGAAGAGGAAGAGCGCAAGACGUCGCGAAAGUACUUUGCCGAACGAACAGAGAUGGAGUGGAAUUGGAUUGUGAGGGAGGAUAUUGACUACGGAGAUGAUUCCGAGCCCUCAAAAACGCUUCAUGAUCAUGCGUUCGAACGAGCAGUACGAACCCUAACGAGCAACGUUGAGAGACAGUCUCGCACAGAACAGUGCCACGUUGCAUCUGGUGCAAAAGGCGGCAUCUGCCAGAAAGUGAAUGGUAUCGAGAACGUCAAGAUGUUGGCUCGAAGCAUCCCUUCUUCGAUAACGAUCCCAAUUAUCCGCGAUGGCUAA